AUGGACGGAUCUUUGUACGGCCCGCUCGAUUCCUGCGAAGGACGAUGCAAUGAGAAGUACAACUCCAGAGAUGUUUGCCAUUGCAAUGAUAAAUGUGAAAAACAUCAGAACUGCUGUGAAGACUACCACAUUCACUGCGGACAGGCUAAUACAGACGACAAUGAAAGGGGCACAGUGUCUGCUGAGGGAUUCUCCAGCAGUGACGAUGCUAUCACCGAUGAAGAAUUGAAACAAACGUCAGAGCAGCUUUACCAAAGUGACCGCAACAAAGCAGAGGAAUCUGAUAUCAUUGUUAACAAGCAACACUUAACUUCAGAUACUAAGGAACAAGAAGAUCAAUCCCCCAAACCGCUUUUUGAUUACGUUAAUGAGGAGAAGCUUUUCUCCAAGCCGACUUACGCCAGCUUCAUUAAGCUGCUGGAUAAUUAUCAUAAAGAGGUCGGGACAGAGGAAGACUUCAACACAGAGCAACUGGCGGAGCAGGACACUUUCCUCGAGGAGAUCAUGAAGACGGAGGUCAUGAAAGACCUUUACAGGUUCCUUCAAAGCAAAAACCGGUAUGAUACAGAGCCAGAGUUUGUUGCUGACCUCAAGAAAAUGUGGUUUGGCCUUUAUUCCAGGGGCAAAGACGAUGGUGACUCCAGUGGCUUCGAGCACGUCUUUUCAGGAGAAAUCAAGAAAGGGAAAGUAUCUGGAUUCCACAACUGGAUUCAUUUUUACCUUCUGGAGAAACAGGGUGUAAUUGAUUAUUUGAGCUACAACUAUGAUGGUCCGUGGACCUCAUAUCCAGAUGUCCUGGGGAUGCAGUUCAAUUGGGAUGGAUUUUACAAAGAGGUUGGAACAGCUUUCAUUGGAAGCAGUCCUGAAUUUGAAUUUGGCCUCUAUUCGCUGUGUUUCAUUGCCAGGCCUGGGAAAGUGUGUCAUCUGAAAAUUGGGGGCCAUGAUCUGGGGAUCCAGACAUAUACUUGGGAUAAAUCUACCUAUGGCAAUGGCAAAAAGUACAUAGCCACAGCUUAUGUGGUAUCCCCAUGAGGCUGCAAGAUCCUGAGAGUGAGAACAUCCAGAAGCAAUCCACGCAAUGCAACUGUGCUCAUGUCUUCACCAGCAGAUGCUCUACAAUGGACCUCGUCAUUACUCUUUCAGUUCUGCAUCUGUGGUGCUUGGCUAAGGAAUGUGGAGUGUGCAACAAGACUUGAGACUAGAGCUCUAUGACUCAUUGAGUAGCUAUGGCAGCACUAGGAAUUACAUGGGUCUGAGUCCUGCCAGAGGUGACACCAAAUUUCCCUCGAAACAAAAUCUGAAUUCAGAUAGCGCCUGAAGAAUUUCAGUGAAAAUGAAAUCAUUUUUAUGAACUGGAAAGAGGAUUUUGUUGAGGUUCAGAAAAUUCCUAGGUCACCACUGGCUUUCACCAAAAGCAAAAUUUAAGGUCAAAUGGAGGUUCCUUCUUG